CGUGGGGCAGGGGCGUGAUGUAACGCUUCGCCUAACAGUGCGCGGCGGGGGGGGCGUCUCGCGCUGCCCCGUGACGAGAAGAUGGCGGCGCUGUGGGCGACGGGGGGCCGGGCCGCUGCCGCUCUGCUGAGACCCGGGCCCAUGGGGCUGGCGGGCCCCACCGCGGGGUAUCACAAGAAGGUGGUCGAUCACUAUGAGAAUCCUAGAAACGUAGGCUCUCUUGAUAAGAGUGCAAAGAACGUUGGCACUGGAUUAGUGGGCGCUCCUGCCUGUGGAGAUGUGAUGAAACUACAGGUUGAAGUGGAUAAAAAUGGAAAAAUUAUUGAUGCAAGAUUCAAAACAUUUGGCUGUGGAUCAGCAAUUGCCUCAAGCUCAUUGGCCACAGAAUGGAUUAAAGGAAAAACGGUUGAUGAAGCCAUGAAGAUCAGAAAUACUGAUAUUGCUAAAGAACUCUGCCUUCCUCCAGUUAAACUACACUGUUCUAUGCUAGCUGAAGAUGCAAUCAAGGCUGCUCUGGCAGAUUACAAGUUGAAACAGAAUCCUAAGAAAGAAGAGCCAAAGAAGAAAGCAGCCAAAGCCUAAAACUGUGUGAGACUGUAAAGCUUGCUUUCAUUCCACUUAAAUUUACAGUGCAAUUAGUUGAGAUGUUAGAGAUGAGAACCAGUGCAGUACUAAAUGAAGCUGUAAGAUACGCACAUAAGAGACGCACAACGUUCACUGUUCCACGUGUAUUAAGCCACCGUUGUGGUGCUCUAAUUACUGGAAUUUUGAGCUUAAUAUGAAGUCAUCUCUGCUGAAAUAAGUGUACAGGUGAGGGAGACAGAGUUCUGAGUGUGACAGUUGAGUUUUCAGCAAUGAAAAUCCUGGGAUUUCAAAAUGCAUAAACUAAAUGUAUAGUUUUACUUAAAGUUUUGUAUAGAGAUGGGUUAUAUUGGAAAGUGUUUUGCCUUGAUCUAAUUAUUUAAUAACUAUGUACCGCAUAUGCAAUAAAACUGAUCUGCAAUUUCCUGCAUAAA